UGUAGGACUGGGUGGUAAAUAGCCAAUCUGGAAUCAGGAUAGAACUAAAACUAGCCUAUAAGCAGCAGGAGGUGAGACUUGUGCACAUACAGAUGUAGGUAGAAAAAUAACACGUCUAGAACUUAGGGAGUUCCAACAUGGCAGGUAUGCAGGUGUUGAGAGACUUGGAGGCCUUCACAGAUGACACCGAGCUGGUGGCUAGUGUGAGAGGGAGACGGUUGCAGAAUGAAUGGUUGGCUUUGCAGAAUGAUCCACCUCCAGGAACGACUCUGAAAGAAAGAAGAGAUCAGAAUACAACCACAGAGUGGGUUAUAGAACUGAAAGGCCCUCCUCGAACCCAGUACGAGGGCCAGAAGUUCCAGCUUCUCUUUACAUUUGGCAGCCGAUACCCGUAUGAACCUCCUCAGGUCAUGUUUACUGGCGAGAACAUUCCGGUCAAUCCGUUGGUCUACAACAACGGACACAUCCGUCUGUCCAGUUUAACAGAGCACUGGAUUCCAGGUCUGACUGUCCGGUCCUGGUGUUAUUGCAUUAUCGGCAUACUAUACACCAGUAACCUGAAGAAGAGAAAGUGGUGGUGUUGGUGGUAGCACGGUUCUGAAUAAGCCCCACCACCAGGACUGGCACUGGCACCAUAUCAGCAGACAAGCAGUUGUUUUUUUCUUUCGAGGUUGAUGUUUUGUGCAAUGAUUAAGUCUUUGUGUAAAGGCAGUCAGUCCAGGCAUGUCAAUUAUAUAACGGAAUAAAACAUUUAUUUUAGAUGAGUAGAUAAAUGUAAGACUUGCUUUUGCAAAACCAUUUUUUAUAAAUAAUAAACCUUCUUUUUCUGUAUGCACUCAA